UCGUCAUGAAAUGCUUGGAGGAUUUAGAUGUGGUGAAGAAUUGGAAUUGGGGUAGAUAUGUAUUGAAUGCUAUGGUUCAUCAUGCUGAAAACUGGUCCAAGAAUCGAAAGAAAAUAUUAUGUGGUCCGAUACUCUUGCUUGUGUUUUUAUAUGUGGACCGAAUGACCAUGAAAGGUAUGAGGGUACCUCGAUCGAUACCAAUAUGCGUGAACUGGCCAAGCAACGAAUUAAUGCAGCGCCAGAAACUUGAGACUGAUAAACGUUUUUUUGGUUCUGGAUCACUGCGUGGUCCAAUACCACUGCCAACAUCUGAAGACUUUGCUCUUGAAAAUGUCAGCGGGGAUAUAGCUGUGGGUGUUGGAGAGUCGCCAGAGAGACUGCUGCAAGCAAGGAUGAUUAAGAUAUCACGUGAGAUAGGUGAGAAGUCAAGGUUUCUUAAGAGUGUUAUGUUAGAGGCUUCGGAUGAGCAUAGAAGUUCGGAUGUUUUCAAGGAGUGCGUUGUCAAAUGUUCCCGUAUAUCGGGUCUUCCUCUGGAUGAGAUCUACAGCGGUUCAACACAAGCUGAUGUGAUUCCACCGUCAACUGAAAGGCAGUAUGAUACGGGUGGUCGACUUGAGACAGAAAAUGUUGAUAUACCUGUUGAAGAGGCUGUUCGUGAUGAGGUCGAUAUACCUGUUGAAGAGGCUGUUCGCGAUGAGGUCGAUAUACCUGUUGAAGAGGCUGUUGAACAGGUUGAUAUGCCUGUUGAUAAAGAGGCAACGGUGAGUGAGGGGUUGUCUAAUGAUGUCGUUUUGACUGAUGAUCUUGAAGCUGGACUUACUUGUUCUGCCAUGCCUGAUAAGAAUGUUGAAAAUGAAAAUCUCACUAUCGAAGGUGAUGAAAGGGAUAAGUUGAUUGGUGAAUAUGUGACGGAGGAGAUUCACACAAAAUCGUCUCCUAAGCUAUGUGUUACUGAGCAGGAGGUAGGAAAUAAAAGUGCUGUUGAGUCAGAAAGCUCCUACCAGGUUUCAACUGUUGACAAGGUCCGUGGGAAGAGUAUAUCGAAAGUUCAAAAAGUUAAGAUACCUCCGAAGAUAAGGCAGUCACAACGGGUUAGGAAGUCAUCAAAUGAUGUGAACGAAGGUGGUGCGAAAGAACAGGAAACUAAUCCAAAAUUGGUAAAAUAUAAGUUUACUAGAAGGGGUAGAAAGUAAUUCGAUAUGGUUGUAUGAUAAACAAAUAUUUUGUGAAACAGGUUCUUGCUAAACACCUCAAUCUGUCACAGGUUUUGCGUCUCCCACUGUGCAGGGUAGACGAAGAUGUAUGUCUUACAUGACUAGUACUUGUUUGAUGGUGUUAGACUUCGUAUUAUGAUAUGUAUAUAUUUUGCUAUA